AUGGCAAAAUGGGCGCUACUCCUUAAUCAGUAUGAAAUAAUCUACAUACCGGCCAAAGCGGUUAAAGGACAAGCAUUGGCUGAUUUUCUAGCGGACCAUCCUAUCCCUGCAGAUUGGGAAAUUUCAGAUGACUUGCCAGAUGAAGAAGUCUUUAAUACAGAGGUCCUCCCUGCUUGGCAAAUGUUCUUCAAUGGGUCUUCACGAGCAGAUGGGGCAGGAGCUGGUGUGGUCGUCAUUUCUCCGCAAAGGCAGAUAUUGCCUUAUGCCUUCACUCAUAGUGAACUAUGUUCCAAUAAUGUUGCUGAGUACCAAGCGCUAAAUAUGGGACUACAAACUGCAGUUGAAAUGAAAAUCUCAAAUCUAGAGGUGUAUGGAGACUCGAAGUUAGUAGUUGAUCAAUUCCUAACUAUCUAUGAAGUGAAGAAAGAGGAUUUAGUUCCUUAUUUUCAGCUCGCCACGCAACUCUUGAAAGGUUUUGAUGCUGUCACGCUAACGCAUGUGCCAAGAAAAGAAAAUCAAACAGCAGACGCUUUGGCCAACUUAGCAGCAGCUUUGGCAUUACCAGAGGAUGAAAUCAUACACCUUCCAAUCUGCCAACGGUGGGUCGUACCAACAAUCUCUGAGCUUUGGCAUGAAGACUCCAAUGUUGUCUAUUUUUACGUGAUUGAUGUGGAUGACUGGAGGUAUCCGUUGAUUGAUUACCUCAAGCGAAAUAAGCUGUCUAAUGACCCAAAGCAACGCUCAGACAUAAGACGAAGAGUAUCACGCUUCUUCUACUAUAAGGAUACUCUUUAUCGACGAUCAUUCGAUGGAUUUCUUCUUAGAUGUCUGGGGAAAGAGGAAGUUGCUAAGGCUAUAGAGGAAGCUCAUUCAGGAGUAUGCGGAGCUCACCAGUCAGGUCCUAAGCUCCAUUUUCAAGUGAAGAGGAUGGGUUACUAUUGGCCCACUAUGGUUAAAGAUUGCAUGGAGUAUGCACGAAGGUGUCUUGCUUGCCAGUUUCAUGCAAACUUCAUCCAUCAACUACCAGAGCCAUUGCAUCCAACGAUUGCUUCCUACCCUUUCGAUGUGUGGGGACUUGAUGUUGUUGGGCCCAUACCUCUUAAAUCCUCCGCCAGUCACUCAUACAUUCUAGCGGCUACGGAUUCCUUUUCAAAGUGGGCAGAGGCGGUACUGCUUAAGGAAAUAAAGAAAGAAAAUGUUGUAGACUUCAUCAAAGGGAAUAUCAUUCAACGAUUUGGUGUUCCUCGCUGCAUCAUCACAGACAAUGCCAAGUACUUUUCCAAUAGUGCCAUGGAGAAACUCUGUGAGAACUAUCACUUCAAGUUGCACUUUUCUUCUAUGUACAAUGCCUCGGCAAAUGGCUGUCUUACCCUUAGAGAACAAAUUCCAUCUCUGAGGAUUGCUUUGCAAGAAGGACUGACUGAUGAAGAGAACGUCAAGUUACGUCUUCAGGAGUUGGAAGCCUUAGAUGAAAAGAGACUUGACGCGCAACAGCACUUGGAAUGCUAUCAAGCUCGAAUGUCACGAGCUUUCAACAAAGGGGUUCGACCCAGAUCCUUUCAAGUUGGUGAUCCAGUGCUUGCCGUGCGCAGACCUAUCAUCAUGACACACAAGACUGGUCCUAAGUUUCAGUCAAAGUGGGAUGGACCUUAUGUAGUCCGCGAAGUCUAUACCAAUGGAGCCUACAAAAUUGUGGCUGAAGAUGGCCUGAGGAUUGGCCCCAUAAAUGGAAAGUUCUUGAAGAGGUACUAUGCUUGA